AUGUCACCAGCUAGGUCACCAUGUAGGUCACCAUCUAGGUCACCAUGUAGGUCACCAUCUAGGUCACCAUCUAGGUCACCGUCUAGGUGGCCAUCUAGGUCAUUAUCUAGGUCGCCAUCUAGGUCACCGUCUAGGUCACCAGCUGGGUUAGGUCAGGAUCUAGGUCACCAGCCAGGUCCGGUCACCAUCCAGUUUAGGUCACCAUCUAGGUCAGCAUCCAGGUUAGGUCACCAUCUCGGUUAG